CUUCUUUAUGCGGUUAAAAAAUGUAAUAAAAUGGAUGUGUUUGUAAAAAUGCGUUCAUUUCAAUAACAACUUUAACAUGAAACUUUACACGAUUUCUUUUAAACAUAUAAUAAUUUUAAGUUUGUUUGUUUUAUUAUUUAAAAUAAGUGAAUGUAGAACUAUCCCUAAAAAUUCUGAAAGUAUUGAUAAUUUUCAUAGUGAUGUCAUCGUGACAAAAUGGCCCACUUCAAAGACUCCAUUAACCAUUGACCAAACUCAUUCAGCUGACGAAGAAAAUAAACCUGGAUGGAUGCGUCAACAACUAAUGAAGUUUGGUAAUAUGGCGAGUCGAGUUGGCAACGCGAUGGGAUCUCAUGCCACCAAAAUCACGGCUGCUGUGGACAAAGUAUGCGAAAUUGUUAAAACUAUCAUUCCGCUAUUGGCUGCAGUUUGUCACGUGGGACAAUUUAAAUUUUGUGCUGCCACUAGUGGAAGCGAAAUUUCCGAUGCACUUAAUCCCAGUUCUCUUGAUUUAAACAUUCCAGACUGAGAUUGAAUUUUUAUAUUUUUAAAUUUGUUUAUAAUAUUAUAUUAUUAAUUACGGG